AAAGUGUCCCAGUGUGUUGGAUCCUGGGACGCAGGGUUAGCUAUGACUCCCAGCUUCCAGCAUCCCACAAGGCCUGGCAAAGCCCUUCCCCAGCUGUGGUCACACCCCAUACCCUCCUGGGCUGGUGCCCAAGCCACACCCAGGGCUGGUGGGAGCCCUGAACCUGCCCUGACUGCUUUCAAACAGUAAGCUGCUUUUCCCUAUAGGUGAUAAACCCAAAAAAGAAAAUGAAGAAAAAGAAAUAUGUGAAUUCUGGCACGGUCACACUGCUUUCCUUUGCGGUGGAGUCAGAGAGCACCUUCCUGGACUACAUCAAAGGAGGGACACAGAUCAAUUUCACCGUGGCCAUUGACUUCACCGCCUCCAAUGGGAACCCCUCGCAGUCCACAUCCCUGCACUACAUGAGCCCCUACCAGCUGAAUGCCUACGCGCUGGCGCUGACCGCCGUGGGAGAGAUCAUCCAGCACUAUGACAGCGACAAGAUGUUCCCUGCGCUGGGCUUCGGGGCCAAGCUGCCCCCCGACGGCAGGGUGUCACAUGAGUUCCCACUGAAUGGCAACCAGGAGAACCCCUCGUGCUGUGGCAUUGAUGGCAUCCUGGAAGCCUACCACAGCAGCCUGCGUACCGUGCAGCUCUACGGCCCCACUAACUUCGCCCCUGUAGUCACCCACGUAGCCAGGAAUGCUGCAACCGUGCAGGAUGGCUCCCAGUAUUCUGUUCUGCUCAUCAUCACUGAUGGUGUCAUCUCUGACAUGGCACAGACCAAGGAGGCCAUCGUCAAUGCUGCCAAACUCCCCAUGUCCAUCAUCAUAGUUGGUGUGGGCCAGGCUGAGUUCGAUGCCAUGGUGGAGCUGGAUGGUGAUGAUGUGCGGAUCUCCUCCCGGGGGAAACUGGCUGAACGGGACAUUGUCCAGUUUGUGCCCUUCCGGGACUAUGUGGACCGCACCGGCAACCAUGUCUUGAGCAUGGCCCGCCUGGCCCGGGACGUGCUGGCUGAGAUCCCUGACCAACUGGUGUCCUACAUGAAGGCACAGGGCAUCCGCCCACGCCCACCACCCGCCGCACCUCCUCAGUCGCCUCCACAGUCCCCAACCCACUCACCUCCUGGGUCCCCCCUGCACACACAUAUCUGAAGCUUUCAGGACCAGGAGCCUGGAGGCUAAGGCCUCACUCCUUGUGGUCACCUUCCCAGACUCUUCUUGGAGGGCUGGCAGGAGAUGGGGUGUCCAUGGCCUCACCCCACUUCCUGGCCUCAACUUCCCACCCAAACCCAAGGAACUGGGGGUGGUGUAGAAGACAAGGGGUACACAAGACUCUGCGGUUGAGUAGACUCCCCUACCCUAGGUUGGAUAACCCCAGGACUCCCAUAUUCUUGCAGCCCAGCUGGCCUCCUCCAGCUCCUCCCCUCCUCCCUAGUGUCCAGUGUCCCCACUCCCUUGAGAUCCCUCGUCCUGUUUCCAUGGAACCCUAGGCUGGUGGGCUACCAGGGAUGCGUGUUACUGACCUUCUUAGGGACUCCAUAUGUAAGCAGAGCCUGUGAGCGAUCAGGGGCUGUGAUGGAGGCAUGUUAACAUAGGGCCCCUUCACGAUGCUCAAAGGUUCAGUGGUAUGCUAGAAUGUUCUAGAUAGAACUCUCACGGGUAGCGUGUGGCAUUAAGUUGUCUCCUGCUCACCUCGGAGGCCACUCACCUGCCGGGCACAGGGCCAGCCCCUGCACUCCCACUAGCCUCCUCUCUGCACUUCAGUGGCUCUGGGACCCAAGACAGGAGCCCUGAGCACCAGAGUGUCCCCACCCACAUCCAGCAGGAACCCACCCAGCACAGCCUCUGCUCUCUGGACCUCAGUGUCCACACCGAUGUGACGACAGGAUUGGUCAGGUGGUCCAACGUUUCCUGAGCCAUCCUGAGGGUCCGUUCCAUUCCACAUCCAGCCUUCCCGAACCCUCUUCGUGACCACCAUCCACACCCAGGCUGUCUAGACUCUGGGGUUACCCCAUUGCAUCCUGUCACCCCACACCCCAGCCCUUCAGUUGUCAGAACUCCUGCCCCUGCUGUGGAAGAGUGGCAAGGAGGUUCUCACCUACAUUUACCCCACCGGCCACCGUCCUUUGUCCACUGGGGCAGGUCUUGCAUGUGUCCCCUGUGCCGCAUGGGGUCCCCGCCUGCCAUCUCCCAUCCCACCUGCCUCUCUCAUGCAUGGUGAUGGUGGUGUUUCUACUGUCUGGUCCUGUGCCUGUCUGAGACCGUCUCUGUGGAACUUGCCUUAAACUGAAGUAAAACGGUUCUUUUAGUAGA